AUAUCGAUAUUCAAUUAAUCCCAUCACAUCUACAUCCCAUUCCAAAACCACACAACCUCACACAACUUCUUCAAUCAAUCAUAAUGCCUCGCAACGGAGACGGAUCUAGCGACAACGGCCCCAUCGAGGGCCAGAACAUUGUUCACGGCAACUCUGGCGACGCCUCAGCCCAGCCCCAGCACGCCAAGAACAACGUCGCUCCUGCCCCCGAGCUCGAGAAGGGUGGUGGUACGUCCCCCAGACCUCACACAGUUUGAACAUAGUGCUAACGAUAGCGACAGCCCUCGAAGGCCACAAUGCCAG